AUGGCUACAGGAGGAAGUAAAGAAACGACAGCUCAGCGUUUUCUGCAUAUUACAGACGUUGCCCAUGAACCACUUCGAUUUAUUGCACCCAUCGGGGGUUAUGAGAAAAUGCCACUGGUUUCGCUUGAACAAGCUGUCGAACCACUUGUUUCGAUUCUACCAGCUGUUCAAAGUCAUGCUUAUGUUUGCAAGCAAAUAUGUGAAAAUCCUGAUGAUGGAUUAACACAAGAUGAAUCUGCUUCAAUUAUGUUGUACACAAUGGGAUGGGAACCACUCGAUGAAUGCUUGUAUUUCGUUUUGAACAAUACAUUACGAUCAUCUGAACGACAACAAAAACUUAAGCUAUGGUAUUUGUUUAUGCGACUCUUUCUUAAUGCACUUUCUCGUCUUCCAUCGAUAUCAAUACAUGCAUACCGAGGUGUCAAACUAGAUCUGAGCAAUCAUUACAUCGAGGGAAAGACAAUCGUCUGGUGGGGCUUCUCAUCAUGCACAACGGUGGUUAACAUUUUAGAUUCGAAACAUUUUUUGGGAAAAACGGGUGAAAGAACACUGUUUACAUUACAAUGCCUAUCAGCAAAAGCUAUUGGUAAACAUUCAUAUUAUCCCAAUGAAGACGAAGUACUUUUGAUGGCGGCUACUCAAUUCAAAGUAAUUGGUUGCCUUAAUCAAGGUGAUCUACAUCUUAUACAGCUGAAAGAAACCCAACCACCAUUUUCCCUAUUACAGCCAGUACCGGUUGCUAUACCGUCACCGAUUAAAGCAGUUCCCUCAAGUAAGUGA